AUGGCACAAACUUGGAUUCCAUCCGUGAUGUCAUUAAUGAAGGAAAAAUGUGUGUCUUGGACUGCAGUCCCAGUGGCUUUAAAAAUGCUUCACAAUUCUUCAGAAUUUAUGCCAUACGUAAUUUUCAUAGCAGCACCUGGUGUUGAGGUAAUGAAAAGCCUAUACGAUUAUUCCAGAAACCUUGGUUAUUCCACUCGUACAUUAACGUUUGAUCGCCAAAGUUCCAUUAGAUAUAGUUCUAGAAGAGCCCGUACAUUAGAAUCGCUUGCGUCGAUUUAUGAGGAAGAUGACGUAAAGAAAUCAUUGGAAGAAAGCGCCUGUUUACAACGUAUGUACGAAAAGUACAUAGACCUAGUUAUAGUUAAUGAAGAUUUUGAUAUGACAUUCCGUAAAGUUGUUGAAGCCUUGGAAAUCAUAUCUAAUGAACAUCAAUGGGUGCCUGUGAAUUGGGUAUACUAA